AAAAGAUGCACUGAACAUAUAGCUUAUGCUGGAGCUCUAGUUGGGAUUACUUUAGAAGUUGAUGAAUCGACCGUUCAUAAACCUGAAUAUGCUAGAAUCCUUCUCGGUUGUAGAGAGGUUGAGAAAAUUCCCCCUUCAGCUGAAGGAAUGCUGGGAGAACAGUAUUAUGAUUUUUUCUAUGAAGUUGAAAAAGUUGUGACUGUGGGUGCUGAGAAAAGUCAGUCCUAUACUGCUGUGGAUAGCAGUGCAUCUCCUUCCUUCCCCAAGAAAGCGAGGAUGGACUCAUAUCCUGCUUCUUCCAUGGGGCAGGGGGAGACGAAUACAUCCGUGACUGGUAAUUUUUCCUCUCAGAACUAUGGUAAGGGUAUGCAGAGGCUUCCGGCAGUGGCUGAGAGUGAAGAAGAAGAUGAGAGUGAGGAAGGUAACAACACAGAGCUUCUGAUUGAGACUAUGGCCAGAGAACAUGCGGCUGAAAAAAUGUCUUAUUGUGGAUCUCAAUCUGAUAAAAAAUCAUGUGAGAAUGUCUCUGAGGAUUUGAAAGUGGAAGAGAUGACUGAAUCUCCCAGUAAUGAGAUCAGUGUGCAUCAAGACUAUGUGGUUUGGCCCUCCCUGCCUCACAUUGUGCCUCUCGAAGAGGGUUUCAUGGAAGGAGGAGAAAACUGCAGUGUCUAUACAGUUGAAUCUCCCUCUGGAUCCCCAAUUCAUGACUGCAUGAGUCAGGGAGAAGAUAUCUCGCGCAGACAGAAGCAGAAGUUGGAGAAGGUGGGAGAUGUGGCCACCAACAGAAUGAAGAAGCGCAAUUUGGAAGGUUUGCUAAAGGAAGAAGAAAGGGCGAAGCUCCAGGCUGGAGUGAAGAGGUUGGCUCACGCGGCUGCUGCGCUGGCGGACAGGUCCCUCCCUCGAGGCAGAUCCCUUUUGGGUGACAGAGAAGGGAUCCAGAUUGGUUAGCAGUGCUCAGCGCUCGGUCCUUUUGCUUGCCGCCUCCCACUGGGGUUUGAUGCCCGCUGGUUUUAUGUCUUCUGGUUACGGUUAGCCUAGUCGCAGAUGUUGUUUAACUUGCCUCAUCCUGGGAUUUCCUCUCCUGUCGUUUUUGGGCUGCGGUUUGUGAGUGUCAUCAGGUUUUCGUCCCAUGGCGGGUGGUCCGUUCCAGGAUCAUCCUGCGGUGGGUUUCCUGAUGGUGCGCCAGCUCGCUCUCCCCUUUCAGCUUCAUUUGAUCUCAAAAAGCUUAUAUCUUUCAUCCUGUUAGUUGUAGUGGUUUGGGCACUAA